AUGGAAUUGGAAGAUAAGGUUAAAGAGCUAAAGGAUGAGUUCCAAGGUUUGCCAAGGCCUCUCUUUCGAGCAAUUCUUUGCAACAAUAAAGUUAAUGGGGACCUAACAGCAGCCGUUCGGUGCUUACAACAAUUUGAACCAAAGAAAAAUACCAGGAUGCGCAAUCUACCGGCGACAGCCGCUGACAAGGAGUUGAAAAAGGGGUUAAGUUGUACCCCCCUGGAUGGACUCAGCCAGAAGGAAAACAACUGGACAGGAGAAGGUAAAAUAAAGCAGCAGAAACUGCCCUGACUUUAAACUUUAAAUGCUGUAUUAUUCGACGACAUGCCAAGAAAAUGCGCAAAAGAGGAGUAAAGUGUUAAGUAGUCAGCGUUUACUAACUGAACUGAGGAUGCAGAAGAUCCAUAAUUGCAACAUUUCGUUCCACGGACAGUGAGUUUUUUUUAUUAUACUUCACAGGGAAAAGGAAGAGGUCAAAACCACAACCAUCAACUCUCUCAGAACGAUCAAUGAGAACACCGCCACCGUCACAGUCCAGCAAGCCAGCACCACCACCAAAGCCACAAUCCGCUCGAUUACAUUCACAAUCCAGCAUACCACGACCAUCUGUUGCAACGAAACUAAGAUCAACUCAGUCACCGCCACAGACCAGUAAACCACCACCACCUCCUGUUGCUCCGAAACCACGAUCAACUCAGCCACCGUCACAGACCAGGACCGGUAAACCACCACCAGCUGUUGCUCGGAAACCAAGAUCAACUCAGUCACCGUCACACACCAGGACCAGUAAACCACCACCGCCCCCUGUAGCUCUGAAACCACGAUCAACUCAGCCACCGUCACAGACCAGGACCGGUAAACCACCCCCGCCACCUGUAGCUCCGAAACCACGAUCAACUCAGCCACCGUCACAGACCAGGACCGGUACACCACAACCGCCAGCUGUUGCUCGGAAACCAAGAUCAACUCAGCCACCGUCACAGACCAGGACCAGUAAACCACCCCCGCCACCUGUAGCUCCGAAACCACGAUCAACUCAGCCACCGUCACAGACCAGGACCGGUACACCACAACCGCCAGCUGUUGCUCGGAAACCAAGAUCAACUCAGCCACCGUCACAGACCAGGACCGGUAAACCACCCCCGCCACCUGUAGCUCCGAAACCACGAUCAACUCAGCCACCGUCACAGACCAGGACCGGUACACCACAACCGCCAGCUGUUGCUCAGAAACCAAGAUCAACUCAGUCACCGUCACAGACCAGUACCGGUAAACCACCCCCGCCACCUGUAGCUCCGAAACCACGAUCAACUCAGCCACCAUCACAGACCAGGACCGGUACACCACAACCGCCAGCUGUUGCUCGGAAACCAAGAUCAACUCAGUCACCGUCACAGACCAGGACCGGCAAACCACCCCCGCCACCUGUAGCUCCGAAACCACGAUCAACUCAGCCACCGUCACAGACCAGGACCGGUACACCACAACCGCCAGCUGUUGCUCGGAAACCAAGAUCAACUCAGUCACCGUCACAGACCAGGACCGGUAAACCACCUCCGCCACCUGUGGCUCCGAAACCACGAUCAACUCAGCCACCGUCACAGACCAGGACCGGUACACCACAACCGCCAGCUGUUGCUCGGAAACCAAGAUCAACUCAGUCACCGUCACAGACCAGGACCGGUAAACCACCUCCGCCACCUGUGGCUCCGAAACCACGAUCAACUCAGCCACCGUCACAGACCAGGACUGGUACACCACAACCGCCAGCUGUUGCUCCGAAACUACGAUCAACUCCAUCAUUUUCAAAGUCCAGCAAGCCAGCACUACCACAAAAAACAGAAUCAACUCAAACACCCUCACAGUCUAGCAAACUAAUACCACCACCUGUGGCACUGAAACCACAAUCAAUUCGAUCACUUUCACAGUCCAGCAGGAAAGCAUCACCACCCAAACUACAGUCAGCUCCACCACCUUCACAAUCCAGCAAACAAGAGCAUCCACAAGAGUCAACUCAUUUACUAUCACCGUCCAGCAGGCAGGCAUCACCACCAAAUCCAAAGUCAUCAGGAUUUGCAAAGCAAGGAAUCGAUUUCAAGCCGGAAGCAGGUAACACUAACUUUCGAUUAAAAAAUGCAAAAGCCAAGAAAGUCAAUUUGCGGAGUCUGUAAUCUACCGCAUUGUUUACAGUUCUAUGCCGUUGCAUUUCGGUGCAGCCACGUCUUGGCUAGGUGUACUUCACCCAACUUAUAGUUAACCCACAGGUAGUGUAAAUUUUAUUUUAAUCCAACUGCAAAUCUUUAUCACUUUGGGAAGGGUCUUUUUUUGUCCUUUAAAUUGACGAUUAUAGUGCCUAAGACCUCAAAAAAAAAGUUAUUCAUGAAAUCUAGACCUGUUUGUGUAAAUCAGCCCUCCAUUAAUGUAACAUACUAGGUUUGUGUCCAUAAUAACGUUCUUGCGUGGUAACUAAGCAACAAUCACGUGAUGAGAUUAGAGGCGAGGUCAAACUAAUAGCUUCUUUUUCUCAAGAUAGGCUCUCCGUUGAAGUAAGAGCCAGUUUCCAACAUUUAAGAAAUCUCACAUAAUAGCCGUUACUUGACCAGGUUAUCAUAGUGAAUGUGCUUUCAUAUGCAGGUGAUGCAUUGAGCAGUGGGUAUACGCCUCGAGACGGCCUCAAUCAAUGUGUUGAACAGGAUGAAUCUGCCGGGUUUGCUGUCGGAGACACGGUUGUUAGUGAUCGAACAACGCCAUGCCAGUUGUCCAAUGCUCUAUCACCACAGGGUAGACCAACAGGGCUGGUCAAUGAGUUAAAGAAUAUUUUCUCGUCGGGUUCGAAAUUUGCCGGUAAACCGAAAUAUUUAGUCCCAGACAACAGUGAUGUGCCAGAAAAACGACCGAUGACUAAUUUAACCACCAUAAUCGAGGAAACUGAGACCGAAGAGACAAUGCGAAUAACCGACCCGCCGGAAAAAAAACCGAAACUGAACUGGAGGCGACAGCGAGGUAACAAACAAAUCAGAAUAACCUUCAACAGGCAGUAACAAAUUAGGGGCUACCUUUUGUAAACAUCGAUUACCAUGCUACGGGAAGUGGUCCUCGUUUAUCCCCUAAAGAUCGGAAAGAAUUCUCCUCCACCUUUCCGACUAAUCUAGGAAUAUUGAUCCUGUGAGCUGGGCAGUAAUUUUUAAACUUUUCUUACAGAAAACGACAAGGACUGCAUGAAAUCAGCAGGACCCCCACCCAGUAUAUCUGAGAUGAAUCCAAGAUCACUUCAAGAACGUUUGCUGUCACAUCCAUCACAUGAGGAGGACUUUCCACCAUCAACGACACAACAUAAGCAGUGUAAUGAGCCCCUUCCACGAGCUCCGAGGUCGUCGCCGCUACCGCUAGCUUCACGUCCGCCAGCUAUGCUAAAGGUACAACCAAACCUACAGCUACAAGUGUUUUCCAGUAAAAGCAGCCUAGAUAUAAACGAUACUGUAACUGAUAAAAUAAGGAAAAGUGACGAUGCAGCUUUGGAAAAAUGUAACUUGUCGCUCAAAGCCUUCAUCAAAAAUAAUAGCAACAUCCACGACUAUGACGUCGCUGGAGAUCUUGCGAAAGGCAGAAAACAGCCGCAGGAUCCAAACAACUGUUGUGGCAAUUUCACUGAAGCCCAGUUCGCCGAGAGGAAACUGUACCGCGACAUAAGAAAUUCCCCAAGCUGUCGUCCUGAGGAAAGAGGUACGAAAAUGGGACGAGGAGGAGGUGAGGAAUUCUGUUAUUUGAGUUAAUGGAAUCAUCAUGAAUAUUUAGGCUCGAUGAUGAUGAGUUAUUUCUUACGUAGAUUCACUUUUUAACUAAAGCAUUUUAUCUCAAAGGAAACAUUUUACCAGAAAACUGGACACCAAUGUCACACGAUAACGAAGGAAACGGCAUCAGUGUUCACUUGGUAAAACUUGAUAGCUCUUCACCUGAGUACCAGAAAGUCAUGGAUAGAAUUUUAGAGACUCUCCAUUCAGUUGAUAUCGUGAGUAUAGAACGGGUACAAAAUUAUUAUCUGUAUCAAGCUUAUCAGUUGCUGAAGCAAAAGAUGGAAACUGACAGGGGAGAAAGCAACGAGCGACAAUUAUUCCACGGCACCACUCCUGACAACACAAAGAAAAUCAAUUACUCAGGAUUCGACUGGAGAUUCUCUGGAUUUGCACACGGUAAGCAUUCUGUCCUAACUAGGAAAUGGUUGGCUCAAAUGACCACCACGAACCGCAUAAUAUCAAGCCAAGCUUUAAUAAUUAUUCGAUUUCAAUGGCGAGUCGUUACAACAGUCUCACUUUACAGGUUAGCAGAUUCUCCAGAUAAGGAUAACAACAAAAUAACUUCGUUCUCACUUCGAUUCUGCUGAGUAGAAUCAUUGGUGUAUAAACUAUACACUGAUAUGCUUUUUUAGCCCGAUUAAAGCCUGUAUUUUGAGAAUUCUUUCAUACAAAUUGGUGAACUUCUAAUAUACAAAUGAAGGUCGAAGAGAAGGGUCUCCUUUGAUCACGUUGGUAUGAAAAAUAUUUCAAUUGAAGUGUUCAUAUUUUGUCUGUGAACGAACGGAAUACAUUUUGUAACUUGUCGCGAGAUAGGAUUUCCGUCAGCUACAUUAUUGCAGUCGCAGCGCGCUGGACAAAAUCUGUGAGAUUUAAACAUUUGAUCGCCGUCCACAUGUGUGGUCUAGCCAAAAAUCAUUUUUGGCUUGUGGCCACACAAAAAAAUAGAAUUGGAGAACAACUGAACUAUUUUUGACACAUGUGUCCUAAACCCUUUUCAUGGGCAAAAGAUAAAAGAAAAGUUUUUUUCGACAGGAAGUCGGCACUUUAAACUCAAAAGCAUAACAAGUGUUUUCCGUUUUAAACAGCAAAUUGUCCAUUAUUGUGCUGGAACCAGUAAAUAAUCUGACCGGCUGUAAGCACCUAAAAUCAUACAAUAUCGGUCCACUGUAAAAGUAAAGAACCAAAGAUAACAUAUUUUGCACGAGGUCUUUUCUCGCAUAUCAUGUGAUUUUGUCACACACUCUACCUAACGUGACACAUUACAUAACGACACACAAGCAGUUUUACAAAAGGCUCCAUGUCCUUCAAUACCAAUUCAAAAUCGCACUAGAAAUGACAUAAAUUAUUACUCCCAUUUUCUUCUUUUGCAGGAGCUAUGUAUGGUGCUGGAGUCAACUUUGCCAGGGACGCCUCCUAUUCAAUGCACUACGCAACUCGACCCAGUGCUUGUCCUCAUCGCGUUAUGUAUCUUGCCAGAGUAUUGGUGGGUCGAUAUUGCUUAGGAAAAAAGGGCAUUUUGAAACCUCCCCCUGUAAAUCCUGAGUUUCCGGAGAUUCUGUUUGAUUCCACGGUCGACAAUCUGGCUAACCCUUUAAUCACUGUCGUGUAUCAAGACAAUCAGUGUUACCCAGAAUAUCUAAUCACUUUUCGAAAAACAGGAUGA